AUGGAGGUUGUAGAGUUAAAGGUUCGUCUACACUGCAGGGCCUGUGAGAAGGCAGUUCGCAAAGCCUUGUGCAGAAUCAAAGGAGUAAGAUGCGUUGAAAUAGAUGUGAUAUCCAACAAGAUCACGGUAUUGGGAUUUAUGGAUCGCAAAAUGAUUGUAAAAGCAGUGAGGAAGACCGGGAGAAGAGCUGAGGUGUGGCCAUCAUCCCCACCAUCCGCAUCAAUUUUAUCAAAAUCAUGUUGCCCGGCCCGGGAGCAGCCUAUUUCCCCUUCUGGAUUUCGGUGCAUUCUUCCAAGCUGGGCUUUUUAA